CUGCAUUCCUCCUCUGAACCCUUUUCUUCAAGCUAAUAGUCCUAAACGCCUCUGCAGAACAGCAACUGAAAACAUCAGAGGAUCAAGGAGUUUUUAUACGGCUGCUCUGAAUCUAACGGGGCCAUGAAAAAUGUGCUACCUUGGAGAUUUCUUCUGGUUUCUUUGCCGCAGGAUACAUAGAUCUUGCUGCAUACAGAUAUGGCGUGUCUGCUCGUUUCCAUCACUGUGCUGCAUUUGGUCACCUUGGCCAUGCUUUUCAUCGCCACUCUGGAAAAGUCCUGGUGGGUAUGGACGGAGUCAGAAAUCACUGAUCUUUGGCAUAACUGCUUCUAUAUGAACACCACACAAACCUGGGUGUGUGCAACGACCACUGAAAGCGACUGGCUUCAGUCUGUCCAGGCCCUCAUGAUCCUAUCUGUGGUCUUUUCAUCUGUCUCCUUCCUGGUUUUUCUGGGUCAGCUCUUCAUCUUGUCCAGGGGGAGUCUCUUCUACUUUACAGGCCUCUGCCAGGCAUUCGCAGGUUUUACAGACUUUGCCGCUUGCCUCAUCUUCACCUUCCACAGAGAGGAGAUUCUCCAGAAAGGCUCCAGAGAUCUGAACAAAGGACACUUUGGCUACUGUGUCAUCCUGGCAUGGCUGUGCAUCCCUCUUCUUCUUGUCAGUGGAGUCCUGUACCUCCAUCUGCGAAAGAAGCAGUGAAGCAAGCAUAAAUACAUACAGACAGGGACCUGUUUUUUUUAGAAUCUUUACUCUCAAUGAAAUAAAAUGAGGUUAAAUGCUUCUAUGAGCAACAUACUUUUAUGUUUUUUUUUCUCUCUUGUGUGAUCGUGAGAGCAUCUUAGAAAUGCAUUAAGAUCUAAUCUCAUUGUACCACAUGAAAUACUAUUAAAGAGAAAAAACUCAAAACCA